AUGUCGACGCUCGUAGCAGACGCCGAUCCAGCGGCGGUGCAGUCGGUGACGACGGCUGGAAUCCGCGUCGUCGCGCCGCGGUGGGUGGGUGUGUCGCUGCCGAUCGGCCGCAAGCUCUUCUCUGGCGGGAAGCUGCCGCAGGGAGAAGUGGACGUGACCAUCGGGCGCGGGUUGCUCUUGCUCGGCUCCUUUGAGGAUGCGAGGGGCGCGGACGCUGGCGUCCACAGGAGGAUUGCGCUGCCAUCGUACCAGUGGUGGAUCCAUCAGCUGGAGUCGGGCCGGCUCCCUGGCGUCGCCGCAAGCGACAAGGUCGGCCCCGACACGGUGCUUGUCGGCCGCUUCCACUACCACGAGCAAUCGAUCGCGGCACAGCCGCCUCUCGAGAUCGUGUUCGAGGACGAGCAUUUUGUCGUAGUCAACAAGCCCGCCGGCGUCGAUGUGCUCGCCAACCCGGACGCAGGGCGCGUGGCCAACUCGCUGACCGGGCUGCUCGCCGAGCACUUCUGCGCAGGCGGCGGCGGCGCAGCCUCCCCGCUGCCGCCGCUUCCGAAGCCGGCUCACCGGCUCGAUGCGCCGGUGUCGGGUCUCGUGUGCUGCGGCCGCACCAGCGCCGACGUGAGGCGGCUGCAGCGGCAUAUCGCGGCGCGACGGGUGGAGAAGCGGUAUCUGGCGCGCGUGCGCUGCGUAGGGGGCAGAGCCGCGUUCCCGCCGCUGCCUCUGACGAUCGACGCCCCGCUCGCGUUUGAUAGCGGCCGGUGCCUCGGCGCGGUCGUCGGGAUAGGCGAGGGGAAGGAGGCGACGACCGUCGUCGAGGAGUGCUGGGGGUACGCGUUCCCGGAGCUCGGGCUGAGGACGGCGACGGCGCUGAGUGUGACCAGCAUGGCGCUGGGCGAGCUUCCGCGCGCGGAGUUGCUGCGGGAGCCGACAGACAACCCGGAGAGGUAG